AUGCUAGACUUGUCAAAUCAAUCUCAAUCAAUUCAUGCUGCUUUUGAAAAGCAAUCUGAUCAACAAAAAACUGAAUAUCGAAUUCGUUUAAAUGCCUCAAUCGAUGUUACAAGGUUUCUCUUGAACUUUGGAUUGUCUUUUCGUGGUCACGAUGAAAGUGAAUCUUCAAAAAACAAAGGCCUUUUUCUAGGGCUUUUGGAAUGGCUUGGAAAUAGGCUUCCAAAUGUAGAUAGAAUUAUAUUAAAACAUGCUCCAAAAAAUGAUAUGAUGACUUUGCCAAAAAUUCGAAAGGAUAUUGUGAGUGCUUGUGCACAAGAGACCAUGAAAGCUAUAAUUGAUGAUUUGGAUGGAGAUUAUUUUGGGAUAUUAGUUGAUGAGUCCAAGGAUAUUUCACAUCAUGAACAAAUGGCCCUUGCUUUGCGGUAUGUUGACAAAAAAGGCCAAGUGAACGAGCCAUUUAUUAGUCUUGUUCGUGUUAGUGAUAUAUCUGCAAAGUCGUUGAAAGAAGCAGUACUUUCUUUGCUAAUAAAACACUCAUUAAGUCCGUCCAAAAUACGUGGACAAGGCUAUGAUGGGGCUAGUAAUAUGCAGGGAAAGAUGAAUGAUCUUAAAGCUUUAAUUUUGCAAGAAACUCCAUCGGCAUAUUCCGUUCAUUGUUUUGCACAUCAAUUACAGUUGACGCUUGUAGCUGUUGCUAAAAAACACAAGGAGCGUAGAGAUCAACUUCGGGAUCAUCAAGCAGAAUUGUUGGAGCAAUUGUUAGAGAGUGGUGAAGUUCAAAGUGGGAAAGGAUUAAAUCAAGAGCGAGGGCUUCAAAGGCCAGGUGACACUCGUUGGGGAUCAUGUUGUAAAACAUUGGAUAACUUUGUUAUUUUAUUUUCUUCUAUUGUUCAUGUGCUUGGGGUGAUUGAAUGUGAGGGUGAUGUUAAUGAUAGGUUGCAAGCCGAAGCUUUUUUGAGUAAAUUAAAGCAUUUGAAUUUGUUUUCUUGCUUCACUUAA